AUGUCCACAUCCACGUCCGGCAUCUUGAUCCGCACGACACGGGUGUCUUCGGCAACGGCUCGGCCUAAUACGAGGCGAGCGUGGCCCAUCGCCACCUCAGCGAACACCACCUAUGACCCCGCGACCGCUAGCUUCCACUAUCGACCUCCAAGCGAAGAUUCCCCUACAGCUGCGGCGAAGGCAACAGCACCUGCGCAGCAAGCGGCAUCGCAGCACGCGCUGUCGCCUCGGUAUUCGCCCUCCACCGCUUCAGCUGCUCCCUCCGCAGCGCAGGGCAGAAGUGCAAGUCACAAUCACAGAAUUCCCUUCCACACGGUACCUCCUUCAUCGGGGGGGCUCGUCCUACCCCCGAUAGCAGCAGCAGCGGCGCAACGUGGCUGCUCUCCGCUGCAGUCACUCUCGCCGCGAACGGAGACGGCAGAAUCAAAUCAGCAGCAGCAUCACCUCCAGCCGGCCCCUCCACAAGCCCCCUCACCUUUCGCCAGCCGCAACCGUCAGCUGACCUUGUCGCCGUCGCCACCAUACGCGCCACACACCGGCAGCAGUGGUCGGCGUUCCACUGAAUUGAAAAUGGCGCUUCUUAGAAGGGAAAGCGCAUCGAGCCAACUGCAUGGAUCACCUGCGCCCUCGUCGCAGAACACACCGAACUGCUCAGCGUCGGCAGCGGUGCCGUCCUCCUCACUUUCGCAGCAGCCGCACGUCAGCAGCGACGUCUCUGCCUUGAUGCACGGCAGCCAUAAUCGCCCAUCCGCACCAAUCACUCCGUACGAAGUCCAGAACUCUCCUAGCGCCGCGAGAGCGGGGUCGGGGCAUGUCCGCUUUGUGGCCCGCGCGACCUCAUCUCGUUCACAGCGGCAACCUCCACCGACAUCGCAGCACGCGCCAAAUUCGCAGACGCAGCAACCCGCCGUUUACUUGGAGUCCAUGCUGCCUAUUCCCGCCACACGGCCAGCCUCACAAUCGCAGCCGCAUCUGCAGCUCUACGCCGCCCUGCACCAGCAUACCCUCUCCCGACCCGUCACACUUCCUGUGUGGAAGAGAGGCAACACCAGAAACUCCGCUACCGCAGUGGCAUCGCGGCACUGUUCGUCUCCGCCGGCCAUGCUGCCGAGAGGCAUGAGCAGCGCCGCGGUUUACACAAAACCUCCAUCAUCAUCACAGCCGCAGCAGCAGGUACAACGUUCCUACUCGUCCACAGCACGACUUGCAGGAGCGCCUCCACGGAGCACUGCGCAAAAUGACAUCUACGCCGCUAUGACGGCAAAUGGCACGGGCAGUGGGGCAAGCGAAGCCAGCAGCACGCGCAGCACCCGCGCUUGUCAAGUCUUCCGUGGCACACCCCUCACAGGGAGUGACAUACCGGUAGGCAGUCUGUACGGCGCCAUACGAACCUACGCUGCGGUGGUGCCGCACAACUGCUUUAAUGUUUCCUCAAGAAGAGGCGCGCCUUCUGCCUCUGCACGCCACCCGCCACCAUCAGCACCUGCGGAAGCAGCGCAGCAGCAGCACAGUCCGAGGUACCCGCCCAACAACAGCCAAAGCGCCACCAACCACCACGGACUGGGACUGCGAACUUGUAGCCCCCCACCGAGGCCGCUGCCAGUCCACUCAUUUCACUCCGAAGAGCUGAUCCGCGAGCAACGACGUCAAGGCAUGUUGGACGGUAGUGCGUACACGGAGGACGUGGCCGUCUCCGCACAGCUCUCCAGUGCGGCAGUGCCAGCCCCAAUGCUGCCGGACUGAUUGGAGGGUUACCAGGAUCACCACGACGCCGCAGGAGGUCGAGAGCACGAGGAGACCAACGGAGGCAGCCGCUGCGCAUCAGCGCGGAGCACGACCUGUGUGCUGAAGAAGUAGCGCGGCGGCUACACGGAUCCACUGGAGGAAGGAAGUAUGGACGCGGCAUUCCUGCUGUAUACGCCUCACACGCAGCACGUCUGCAUGAACGGAGAGACGAGUGAAAACAUAGAAGAUUCCCUGCACGUCUUCGAGCUCCAUCGCCGCGGUCAAGCCGCCGCGACUCCGCACUUUUGCGUGCCGAAGGGGCAGUGCUCCGACGCGCAGUCGAUGCUGCGCCCCACCUUGUAGCUGAAGGGCCUGCGAAAGCCUCUGCGGCCACCAUGACUGCUGGUCGCCACCACUUCUACUUCGUCCUUAUCGGUAGACCCGCUGACGUUCUUCUCACUGACGGAGGCCGCCUACCUAAACCGCGGCGCUACAGAGUGUGCUUAUCGCGCUUCAACGCGGCGGAGGCGCGAAGUCUGCUGGCGGCGGUGCAAGGCCAGGGAAACAACGAUGACACCUUCACGAACAGCGAGGACAAGGAGGAGGCACACCCUUCCUCCGCAAACCGGCUAUAUACUGCCUUAGCCACCCCCUCCGCAAACCGGCUAGCGGCGCGAGACGUGUGCUUGUCGGUCCACGUGACAGCAUUUUAUUUCCGAUACUUGCGCCGGUGUCGACUGUGCUGAUCCCUGCCUCUACGAGGCGGUGCGUCCACGGUUUACAGACUACCCGCAACACCGCCUGCCUCCCUCCCCCCCCCCCCAUUCCCCGUGUUGGAAGGGCUGCGGCCCCGGCAAACGCUGCUGCUGGCCGACUAGGGGACGAGAGCGCCGCAGCGGCGAGGACAGCGAUGGUGGCCGCACGGCUGGCGUACGCCCUCAUGUAUGAGGCACGAAUGCGUAACGUGAAUGGCAACGUUGAGCCGCUAAUGUUCCCGAUGCUGAGCCGGCACGUACCGGAGACGUCGCCUUGUGGGCCGCUUGCGCCUGGUGCAGGGAAAAAAAACGGCAGCAGGCGGCCCACAAAGCGGCGCGCGUCGACGUUACUAACAUGCGCCACGGGAUGCCGUCGACGUCGGUCUCGAAAUAGACCAGCCCGACUCUCUCAACCUACCUCAUGUUGGAUAAAGGCCCUGCGACACCACUGAAACGGCGUGCGUCGACAAGGGAGCCAGUGGCAAUGGCAGUCUCGGUAGCACGGUGCUCUGCCAAGACGCAGCACGGUACGCAUCAGCCGUGCACCGCACUCAUCACGGACCUCGUUGCGAUGGAUGCGUUGCCGGUGUCGGAGGAAGCAGUCACGCCGGGAGGGGGUUGUCCUCACGAACCGCACGUCCAUCAUCCAGGUGCUGGUGGGGAGAGCGUGGGGGGGGGGGGGGGGGGGGGUCAAGGCGAUGCGGCACAACAUCAUGGCCCUCAGCGCGCGCCGGGAGGAGAUACAGCCAGGGACCAUGGACGGCUAUCGCACAUUGAGUGAGAGUUUCGACACCGCUGCGGUGCGAGCUGCUCUGGAGAAGCGGCCGAUCCUUCUCGACCCCGCCGUCGUGUACUUCCCCAGCGCCCAGUGCCCCCUCAACAACCUCAUCAAGAACGUCGCGUUGGACGGCCCGCGUGGCAGGCAGCCACAGCCGACUAGGAGCCAACGCGCCUGGUGUUGAGGUGCUGCGGCGCUCACACGUAGCGAAGGCCAUUCAGCAAACAAUGAAGGAGCACGACAUCAUUUUGGUAGCGGGACGGCUCAACCACCUCGUUGCGGUGGCCCAGCAGCAGAGGGCGCUGGCCAGCAAGUGCGGCCCCCACUUCAGAAGCACGGCCGCUACUGGACGUGGUUCGUUGCAGCGGAAUCGCAGAUGAACCAUCCCUCGAGGACUCGCUUGAUUCCAACACGAGCCGCAAUGGCGGCGUGAGCGCGCGGGCCAUCCUCAUCGCCCUUUGCUGCAGUGGCCCGGAGAAGUCGACGGUGGAGGUGGUGUACUUGCGCCAUCUGCUCGCCCUCAACGUUGAGCUGUGCAUACCGGGGCGGCAACGCCGUUGGCUGCAGCGAUCCACAGCAGGUUGCUAUGACCCGCCUCAUGACGGCUGAGAUGACGACGUGGAACUGACGAACUCGGGCAUACGUGGUGGAACCGAACGCUGCGUCAGCGCCGAGGUGCUGGCGUUGGCCUGCCCACGAGUGCUAGGCCAUUGUGUGGGGCGUACUCUGCGUCGUGGUCGCGGAUGGCGCCUCGGGCGUACGAUGAAGGAAGCCCUGAGGGCUCUGUACGGGUGGCUGAGUCGUCCCUACGACUGUCACACCAUUCGCGGAGCUCAUUCGGGCAGGAGCUGCAAGAGGAGGCACGGAAUCGGCGCGGUAUCGCCAUUAACCAUCGCCGCUCUCCUAUCGGCUCCGCUUGGCAUGAACUGCCUUGUUGUUGUCAUUUCUGCUUUGCCUGCGUCUUCUGUAUUCACGCGCCUACGCACGCACAUCCUUUCUCUUGAGAGGGCGCAGCGGGGCGAUAAGGAGGGGGGGGGGGGGGGGCAGCGUCUGUGGGUAUACUUGCGCAUGUGGCUGUGGGUGGGUAUCCAUUGUGGACACCAGCAGCAGCACGCCCAAGCGUCACCUCGCGCCCUUCCUUCCCCACCCCGUUCCCCCUAUGCUCGCGCUCUGUGUGUGUGUGUCCGUCUGGCCAACCUCUUCGAAGCACAGCGCACCUCUCGUCCUGCAGAGACUACAUGUCCAAUGAGUGAAGAGGGGGCAUGUGCGUGUGGGUGGGUGGGUGUCUGUACCCUCUCUCUCAUCCAGCCCCCUCCCCCUCUCCCACCGCGCCACGCUUGGCUCGCUCUGGGGACACUUCCACUUAACCCCCUCUCCCCCUCCCUCGUCCCCCCUUCCUUUCCUUCACGAACGCACCCCUCCCCUCCUCUCUCGGCGUUGGUGUGGGCCGCAUUACGUAUCCUGAGCGCCUGCAUGUAUAUCUACCGCAGCGCUACGCAACCGAAUCGCGCGCGCGUGUACAUACGAAUCAACUCACACCACUCACUUCCUAUCAUCUUCAUUGUAUGUCUCAGUACUGUGUUAGAGCCCGUAGAGAGACAGACGGACACACGCGCACCGCGUGAACGAAACUGGAGCGAGAAGGCGUGUCAGCCAUCAUCGUCGACUUCAAGCGUCUAUCGUCAUUGUGGUCGGCGUCGGCGUUGUUGUUUGCAGUCUUUCAUCUUGGAAAAUCGAUUUGCGUGCACUGGAUCGCCACGUGCAGAGGUGAAUCAUAUCCACACCCGCCCACGCAUACAUGUGGAUGGAUGGUCACGCGUACACGUACCCCCCUUUUCCCUGCCUGCAUUUAUUUCGCUUGAUCCCGUAGCACUUGCCUCUCUGUCUCUGUAG